CUUGCCAAGCUGGCAAUCCUGACAAUUCUCGCGCGCGUUCCAGACCUUCCUCCUUUCUUCCUCCUCUUGGUUUUUCCGUGAGUUCGGGUCGGCGGCAAGUCGGCGGAAGACAAAAACGGGAAGUCCGGAUGCUCCCUCCUUUUCGAGAGAAACAGCAUCAUCGUCCACGUGUUCGUCCACAGAUCUGCAGUCAUGGCAGCACUGCUGGCAUUCCUGCUCCUCGUCGCCGCCAAUGCCGGCAGGCCCAAGCUCCCUGGUGCCGCGUUCAUUGAGCCCACUGCGGUGCGUUUGGGCCUCCGUGCGCAUCGCCACGUCCGCCAACCCAUCUACAAGAGAACAGAGGUGCGUGCAUACAGCACUUGAACGGCAGAAGGCAUAUGACACUUAUACCAGUGUGGAUCCAUCCUCUUUGUUCAGCUACAUUCUUCCCCUCAAGGUCGCGCUGCCAACCCUGUGGACAUCCAAACCCUGUGGGCCAACCUCGAGGCUAUCAAGCUCGACGCAGCAGGCGACGGGCUGGUGCCCGGUGAGAUCCCUCUCCCGGGAGACCAGAGGCUCGAAAGGCGUACAUCGAUAUCGCCAACAUCAUUCUAAGCAACAAGCCUGAUGGGACGCUGUCCUGUCAAACCUUGCUGCGUGGCUCUUCUGGGG